AUGGCAUUCACCGAUGAAGAUGGCCUGGAGCGGAUAUUCAGACUGUUUCCAUUGAGGACUGGAAUAAUGAUCCCAGAAUGGAUCGUGACAGGGCCUAAAGCAGACUUGCUCGGUGCUGGUGGGUUGCUUGGAGCGGGAUACUGGGGGAGAUCAUGGGAAUGGAAUGAAAACAUAUCCUGGUUAGGGUUCAACUAA